UUGGUGGGAGAGCUGAAUGAGGGCAGGCAGGGUCUGUCCACUGACGGACAUGUUAGGGGCCGCAACAUAACCAUCCUCCUGUGGCACUGGCCCUUCGGGCGCCCCCAAAGCCUGAAGGGCGACGUGUGCUGGGACAACCACCGAAUCUCAGGCUGCCACCUGGUUGACCAACGCUCCCUCUACUCCAGUGCUGACCUAGUGGUCUUCCACCACAGGGAGCUCAUGACAGGCAAGGAAAAACUACCCAUUAACCUUCCCCGGCUAGGGGAGCAGAAGUGGGUCUGGCUCUCCCUGGAGUCGCCCGACAACAGUGGACACCUGAAGCCCUUCAGUAACGUGUUCAACUGGACAAUGUCCUACCGCCGUGAUGCUGAUAUUACUGUGCCUUAUGGGAAGCUGCUACCACAGGAAGGGGAAGGCUGUGCUGAAAAUAGCACAAAGGAAGUAGUUACAGAAGAAAAGUCCCUUCUGGCCUGCUGGGUGGUCAGUCACUAUAACCCAAAGCACAAGAGGAGCUUGGUUUUCCAAAGCCUGAAGAAGAGCAUUCCAGUAGAGGUGUACGGGCGCUGGAGGAGGAGGGGCCUGGCCCCCAGCAACCUGCUGCCAACCAUCUCACGCUGUUACUUUUACCUGGCCUUCGAGAACUCCAUAUCCAAGGAUUACAUCACAGAGAAGCUCUGGCGGAAUGCUUACCAGGCAGGGGCGGUGCCUGUCGUUCUUGGUCCACCUCCAGAAGAUUAUAAGGCCGUGGCCCCACCCAACUCCUUCAUUCACGUCGAAGACUUUACAUCCACUGAGGAGCUGGGAAACUUUCUCCACCAGCUGCAACUGGACAAGGAGAGAUACGCCAGAUACUUCGCAUGGCGGCAUAACUACAAAGUUAAACUAUACACAGACUGGAGGGAGAGGCUGUGUAGCAUUUGUCCCCAUUAUCACAGCCUACCCGCCCAGAAGAUGUACCCAGACCUGGAAGCCUGGGUCAGAAGCUGA